AUGGGUAAUGUGACGCGCAUGCUCGCCCUCGUCGUGCUCGCCCGCGUCGUGGCGCAGGACGAGGACGCGAACGCGCGCAUGCUGCCGUUCCACUCCUUCGUGGCGCCGUUCGUGGCCAUGGCGCCGAACACGAUGCGGCGCACGGUGUCCGACGAGUGGACGGCCUACGGCGACACGGAGGUGCUCCAGAGCUUCGCGCGGCUGACCCCGGAGAAGGGCAAGUCCGUCGGCGCGCUCUGGAGCAACUUCCCCGUGGGCGACGCCGCGGCGAGCGACCGGCUGUCCGUGGUGUUGAAAUUUCGGAUCUCCGGGCGCGCGCCCGCGGAGCAGCGCGGCGAGGGCGUCGCGCUCUGGCUCGCGGCGAACGGCUUCACCCGGGGCCCGAGCUUCGGGAGCACGGAGGUCUUCCACGGCGUCGGCAUCCUCUUCGACACGCGCCUCCGGAAGGUGCGCGUCGUCGCGAGCGACCGCUUCCCGGGCGACGACCCGCGGCGCGAGCCGAACCUCGUCGCCGCGGACUGCGAGGCGGGGUCGCUGCGCUACGACGCGAACCGCGACGACUUCGGGCACGCGAACGCGUCGCGGGCGCGCGUCGUGGCGACGAGCAAGCGCGUGCGCGUGUUGAUCGACGAGCGGAACCGGAACCGGUGGCGCGUCUGCGCGGACGUCGAUUUGCCGGAUCGCGUCGCGGAGUCCGCGACGUGGCUUUCCAGUUUACGCAUCGGCGUCUCCGGCGCGACGGGCGCGUCCGCCGACGUCCACGACGUGCUGAGCUUGGAGACCUUCGCGGACUCGCGCGCGCACGACCGCCACCUCAACAGCGGCUGGCGCAAGUUCCUCCCGGGCGGCGACGCCGCGCCCGUCGACGACGCGCGGCUGGCGAAGAUCGAGGACAUGGUCAACUGGAUGACCUUCAAGCUGGAGCACCUGAACCACGUCUUCGAGCACUCGACGGCGGCCUUCGCGAACGCCGUGGACCGCGGCGGCGACGAGUUCGGCUUGCUCGUCGCCGACGAGGCGGAUCGCCUCGCGGCGCUCGAGCGGGUCGUCGACGAGCGGCUCAAGGAGAAGAUCGAGGACCGCUUCGAGAAGCUCCAGGGCGAGUUCGACGCGCUCUUCGAGGAGAAGCUCAACCACGCGCACACGGGCCUCGCCGCGAGCCUCGAGCGGAACCUCCACGCGGAGGUGUCGCCCUUCGACGGCGCGUGGCGGACGCCCUUCCAGGUCCUGCUCGUGGCCCACGUCGCCUUCGCCGCCUUCGCCCUCGUCGCGUUCUACAACGUCAAGACGUUCAUCUAA